UGGCCAACAGACAGGAACAACGCAACCAGGUAUCCAAUCGGCUCUCUCCUCUUCCUUCUCAAUGGCACUGCCACCUCCUCUCUCGGCAGUCGGCUCUCGUCUUUUUAGCUACCUCUUGGAGAUUCGAUCAUGGCAGCUGCCUAAUACGCUUGCUUCUAAUGCUUCGUAACUCCUAUUCGAAACCGCACUCCCUUCUACUCCAUUUUUGGUUUUCAUUCUCUUGUUCGAGAAUCACUCUUUGUUGGGUGUUGGCUGUCAAAUCUUCGCCUUUGUGGAGACAAGCGCCUAAAAAUCCGAUCUUUUUGAUGCACUGUUGCUCAAUUUCUUAUUUCGCCAUCAGAUACGAAGGAAAUGGAUGCGAGAUUGUAGUGGCGGAGACCUGAUGCUCCUGAACCAAAAAAUGUCGUCCUUCGGCGAUAUCCAUCAUUAAUGUUAGUUUUAGAUGUUCCUUUUUUGCUUCCGAAGAUCAAUGAGAUCGUUCGACUUGGGCGAUUGGGAUUGGCGGAAUCAAUUCCGAUCGUCGACGUUGAAAGAUUUCGCCUUUUAUUUCCCCCUUAUGGAACUGAUUCAUCGGCUUUCGUAGAUUAUGACCUUACAUCCAAUUGUCUUAGUGUUGCUGGUUUUAGGGUUGAUGGGUAGAGGUACAGGAAAGGGGAAGAAAUUGACUCUGUCCAGUUAUAAUGAGGAUCCAAAGAGUGGCGGUGAAGAGCUUCUCCCUGCGUAUAAGAGGAAAAAUAGGCCUCAAAAGCCUUUGAACGAUGACAUCGAUGAAGACGCUGAGCAAACUGAAGAAGGAGAAGAUGAUUUAAAGCUUAGUGCACUGAACGAAGAGGUUAAGGUCCUAACAAUGGUGAACGGGAAGAAGAGGAAGCUUCUUUCAAAAGCAAAAGAAAUCCCUGAAUUACUGGAAACAGAAAAUGGUUCUGGAUCUAAGACUAAGGAGCAUUCAACUUGUUCUAAUAGUUUUCGACGCAUUGGCAGCCGGCGGAAAAGUAAGCCUCGUAGGGCGGCUGAGGCCGGAGUAAGUGAGAAUUUCUACCAAUUUUGCUGAGCUCUUGUAUCGGUCCAUAUACAACUAUGGCUGAUGUUUGUGAUCCGAGGUGGUUCGCCCUUUCUUCCCCCCAUUCAUUUGCUUGACAUGAAUUAGCUUGGGUUUAAAUAAUAGCUAUACCGUGUAAUCUUCUAUGCUCAUAAAGCUAGAUUCAAGCUUUAGUUGAGUCUCUUUUUUCUAAGAAUCUUGAAAAUGAAGUUUUUAUUCUUACUAUUGGUUUAGUGUUUUCACUGGAACACUUGCUAUUGUCUUGCUUUAUUUGAACUA